CCAGAGCUGCUGAGGCGAAUGGCCACGCGUCACCUCCUACCUCUCCCCUUCGUCUACAAAACCCUCCCACGCAGCCGAUCCAAAUCCACGACCACCGCCCUUGGCCGCGCGCUGCGCUCCUUCUCAUCUUCUACGAUGGCGUCGUCUCUUCCUCCCAAAAAGGUCCUGGUCCCCAUCGCCCACGGCACGGAGCCGAUUGAGGCUGUGAUCACUAUCGACGUUCUCCGCCGCGCCGGAGCUGACGUUACUGUUGCCUCCGCCGAGAAGGACAUCCGCGUUGAUGCCUGCUGGGGGGUCAAGGUCGUCGCCGACGCCCUCAUCUCUGAUGUGGCCUCCACCACCUUCGAUCUCAUCUCACUUCCGGGAGGGUUGCCGGGCUCAGAAACUCUACGGGACUGCCGAGAGUUGGAGAGUAUUGUGAAGAAACAGGCUGAGGGAGGUGGGUUGUAUGCGGCGAUCUGUGCAGCACCAGCUGUUGCGCUUGGAUCCUGGGGUUUGCUCAAGGGACUGAAGCAGGCAACUUGUUAUCCAUCAUUCAUUGAGAAACUGCCCUCAGAUGCAAUCCUGGUGGAGUCUAGAGUCCAAAUAGAUGGACAAGUUGUUACUAGCCGUGGACCAGGUACAGCUUUGGAAUACUCUGUUGCUUUGGUUGAAAAACUUUAUGGAAAAGAAAAGGCAGAUGAAGUUGCAGGACCCAUGGUAUUGCGUGAUCAGCAUGGAGUUGAAUUUUCAUUCACUGAGAUAAACCCUAUACCAUGGAAAUUUGACUCUUCACUUCAGAUUCUCGUUCCAAUUGCAAAUGGCACGGAGGAAAUGGAGGCAACUAUGAUAAUAGACAUUUUGCGCAGGGCAAAGGCCAAUGUUGUAGUGGCAUCAGUUGAAGAUAAGUUAGAAAUUGUGGCAUCUAGAAAAGUGAAGCUGACAGCCGAUAUGCUCUUGGAUGAGGCUGUUAAGCUGCAAUAUGAUCUGAUUUUGCUACCUGGUGGCCUUCCUGGGGCUCAAGCAUUUUCCAACUCAGAAAAGUUGAUCGAUUUACUCAGAAAACAGGCGGAGUCUGGUAAACUUUAUGGGGCGAUAUGUGCUUCCCCAGCAAUCGUCUUGGAGGCUCAUGGCCUUCUUAAAGGCAAGAAGGCUACAGCAUAUCCAGCUCUGUGCCACAAACUUACAGAUCAAAGCUACUCCGAGAAUCGAGUUUUGGUAGAUGGCAACUUGAUCACGAGCAGAGGACCAGGGACAUCCAUGGAGUUUGCAUUGGCCAUAGUCGAAAAGAUUUUUGGUCGCCAAAAUGCGCUUGAUCUUGCAAAAACUCUAGUUUUCAUAUGAUUACAGAGCCCACUAAGUAUUUUAAAUGUGUUUUUUGCGAACACCUGAAUGAGCCUAUGUGACUUCUCUUACGAAUAAUGCUUGGACACUUUGAGGCUUGUAUGUUUCAGUUGUUUGAAGCAUUUUCAGAGGAAACCUAACCUUCUUCA